CUGCAGGGUGGCCUGGGUGGGCAGAGGGGUGGCAUGGCUCAGGUAACCCCGAGCAGGCUGGUGCUGCCGCCUCAUCUCACUUCAGCCUCCACCAAAAGAUCCCAGAUCCCGGUGCUGGGGGAUGUUUGCUGCGUUGUGGGUGAUGGGUGAGCCCUGUGUGAGCUGGGUGGGCGCUGGGGCUGUGGGGUGUCCCCUCGCUGGAGGGCUGGUGAUGCUACGAGCAGCCCGUCAGGACGGGGCUGUUGGGUUUGGUGCUGUGGGAUGUGCCUUCAUCCCUCCUGCUGCAUCCUCAGGAUUGUCCCUCCAUGGAGCUGGGGCUCCAGCCCCUGCCUCACCGCUUUUCCCUGGCUUUGGCAGGAGAGUGUGGCAAGCUGAGGUCCUGCGAGAUGUGCACAGCCAGCAGCCACUCCCACAACGGCACCGACUGCGUCUGGGUGGGCUGCGGGACCCCCGAGGAGCCAGAAACGGGGAGCUGUGAGCAGAGAGGGCCGGCAGUGCGGGACACCUGCGCACUCUACAACACCAGCACCCAGUGCCGAGCACUGAAGUCCCACACAGAGGAGCCUCCACGAUCCCAUAGCAAGGAGCCAGUGACACACUCCACAAGGACCACCACCACCAGCGCCCCGCUGACGGGCAGCCCCGAGUUCCACCCGCCCGGCUUCGACACGGCGAGUUUCAUCGGGGGCAUCGUGCUGGUGCUGUGCGUCCAGGCCGUCGCCUUCUUCGUCAUCAAGUUCAUCAAAUCCAAGGACAGCACCUACCAAACUCUAGAGGACAACCAGUAGGUUCUGGGUGCUGGUGGCAGUGGGGAGGGGGUGUCCCCCGGCACUCCCAGAGCUUCACCCCUCCCUCGCACCUCCCCGGGCACAGGGGGCGUGGACCCUCCCUCCUGGUUUGCAUGGCAGGUGUUUCCCAACUGGUUUUGGUGUUUCCCAACUGGUUUUGGUGUUUCCCAACUGGUUUUGGUGUUUCCCGGGAGUUGCUGGGGAUGGAAGGGAAGGGGGUCCCCCCCACCCCCUCUCGUCACGGAGCCCUCAGGGCUGCAGCCUCGUACAGCCCCUUCUGGGGUCCCCAGUGCCCC